UCGAUCGUCUACGUCUAGCUAUAAUUAUAAACUGCACAAAAACUCUAACAAGUUACACUGAUAAUAUCGCAAAUAUAUUGUUGUGGUCAAGGAUAAAAUAAUUAAAACCCUGAAAUGGCCGAGUACAGUUCUGUGAAGGGAGGGAAGCUAAAGCUAAAAGGCGACACUUCAGGUCACAAAAGUUCAAAACACAAGAAAAAGAAGAGAAAGCGAGAAGAAGAGAAAGAUGAGCGAUUACCAGAUGCAGAGGCCCAUGGUGGUUGGUGGACUGUCAGAAACUUUGAAGAGAUCACCGGUGACAUUGUCAUCGAGAUGGCACCUAAUGCGUUUAUGUUUGCGCAGGAUACCGGCACGUUCACGCUUGGAGCACCUCACAGAAAUUCUCAAGAAGGGCCGGCCCCACCAGAGCAGCUGACAGCAAUCCCUGUCUCCGACACAAAGAUUGCCCUGAAGACUGGUUUUGAGAAGUACAUAUCUGUGGACUAUGACAGGAGAGUCGUAGGUCAAUCAGACGCCAUCGGGCUAAGGGAGCAGUGGGAACCAAUUUUUCAGGAUGGCAAGAUGGCUUUGAUGGGGUGUAACAAUUGUUUCUUGUGUUGUAACGAGCAUGAUGACAUUGUAGCAUCCAGCACCACAGCAGGGCCAGCAGAGAUGAUCAAGAUCCGUUCCUGUGCACCGCUCGUCAAGAAAAAGAAAGACAACAGACCAUCCGAGGACAAAGGCGACAUUGAGACGUGUGAAGUCAGCUAUGUGAAAAAAUACCAGAGUUUUCAGGACCACAAGCUGCGGGUGAAUGAGUCGGACAGAUACAACCUCAAGCAAGCAAGAGUAACAGGCAAACUCCACGAAACAUUAUUGGACAGGAGAGAGAAGAUGAAAGCUGAUAGAUACUGCAAAUAGCAAACAUCACCAGACAAGGACUUUGUAAACUUCUUUUUAAUAACUACCAAGUAUUUAUUUCCACU